CAACAGCAAUGUGUGGAGAGGACCAGCUAUGCUCCUGCCUGAUAGACAACAACAGCCAAUGUCUCUGCAAUAACACAGCCAUGAGUGGUGAAGAUGAUUUGACUUGCAAUGUUGACACCGUGUGCCCAGACAGCUGCAUUGUGACCGUUACACAAACAAUACUACCGUCUGAGACUCCAAGUGUAGAAGGAGUUCAACCAUCAGAUGGCUGCAGCAAUACCCCGGCGAUUGUUCUAGGAGUUUUGUUUGCACUUGCAACAGUCAUCCUUAUCAUAGUAGUAGUUAUCGUAAUAAUUAAGAAG